UGCAUAGUUGUUCACGUGAUCAUAUGUAACGUCACAUGACUGGCUAAUAGGGAGGAAGUGGAGAAAGUUGUUUGGGAUGACAUUUGAUCAAAUUGGAGAAACGUGAGGAGGACUGACCUUUCAUGUAGGACAUGAGGUAAACUGCAGGAGCGUCUAAGAUAAAAUGGCCCUUUCAUCUCUGUCAUCUGUCCUGUGGGAGCUCCUUUUCGUGGCAGCACAAGUGAUCCUCUCUGCAGGUUACAAUAAAUGUGUUGCCAGAAACUUUGGCUAUGACUCUGUGGUGUGUGAAUGUAAUUCGACAUAUUGUGACAGCAUUGGAUCUGUCAGUCUACCUCCACUGGGCCAGUUCUCGUCCUACCUGAGCAACAUUGCGGGCAGCAGACUGGAGGCCAGUCAGGGUGAAGUUCGGGCUAACAGCACUGGAGAAAGGCUCAGGUUGACUAUCGUUCCCUAUCAGAAGUACCAGAAGACCAGGGGAUUUGGAGGGGCGAUGACAGAUGCAGCAGCCAUCAAUAUACUCUCUCUUUCUGCUGGUGCACAGGAACAGUUGCUGAGGCAGUACUUCUCCAGUGAAGGUAUCGGCUACAGUGUAGUGCGUGUCCCCAUGGCCAGCUGUGACUUCUCCACACGUCUGUACACCUAUGCUGACACACCUGGAGACUAUGAUCUGCACAAUUUCACUCUGGCCCCAGAAGACAUCAACAUGAAGAUCCCUCUCUUGCAGCGUGCGCAGGCCUUGUCUCCUCGUCCUCUGUCUCUGCUGGCCAGUGCCUGGAGUGCCCCCGCCUGGAUGAAAACGAACGGUGCACUCACAGGAAAGGGCUCCCUGAAGGGCCAGCCAGGGGGCAAGGAGCAUAAAACCUGGGCUCAGUACUAUGUCAGGUUCCUGGAGGAAUACGCUAAAUAUAACUUGACCUUCUGGGCACUGACGACAGGAAACGAGCCCUCUGCAGGAAUGAUGACAAACUACAGUUUUCAAGCCCUGGGCUUCACUCCUGAGGAGCAGAGGGACUGGGUAUCUCUGGACCUGGGCCCUGCCCUGCAUGCUUCGUCAUACCCACACACACACGUCCUCAUACUGGAUGACAGCCGCAUUCUGCUGCCCCACUGGGCCAAAGUGGUCUUAAGUGAUAUUCAUGCAGGAAGGUACAUCCAUGGUGUGGCAGUCCACUGGUACUUAGACAGCGUUGUGCCACCUGACAUCAGCCUGGGAACCACCCACGACCUCUACCCGGAGUAUUACCUGUUUGGCACAGAGGCCUGCGCUGGUUGGAACCCGCUAAACAAAGGAGUGAUGCUGGGAAGCUGGGACAGAGCUGAACAGUAUGCACAUGACAUUAUAGAGGACUUGAAUCAUUAUGUGGUCGGCUGGACUGAUUGGAACCUGGCGCUGGACCCGAACGGUGGACCAAACUGGGUUAAAAACGUAGUGGACAGCCCUGUUAUAGUGGAUGCGACGCGUGAUGUCUUCUACAAGCAGCCGUCUUUCUACAGCAUGGCCCACUUCAGCAAGUUUCUGUGGGAGGGGUCUCAGAGAGUGGGGGUGUCUGCCAGUGGAGAGACACACCUGGAAUUUUCUGCCUUCAUCCGACCUGAUGGCUCACUAGUGCUCAUCAUACUCAACAGAUCAUCAUCAGACAUCCUGUUUGAAGUCUGGGACCCUCCUGUGGGUUACAUCCCCUCCACUGCUCCAGCUCAUUCUCUGCUCACACUCGCUUGGAAAAGGCAGUGAUCAUUAAAGCAGUUUCUCAGACUGCAUAUUUGUUUCAGCUGAACCACAUUAAAAGCAUUUCUCUGCGAAUUUGCACACAGGAUGAUCAUAAAACCUCCUGAUUUUAGGGCCUUAAUUUUUGUUUAGCUCCUACCUCUGGACCAAGCAAGCAAGAGGAACCUCUGACAUAAAUGUAGGGCGAUUGCAUCACUUCAGCAUUCCUUUUGGCAGUGUGAAUACAAACAGGAAAAAAGCCCUUGUAAGCCCCUAGUUCUUGAGAAAGAUUUCAGUGUGGCUUUGGGAGUCUCCACAACUGUUUGUUCCAAAAACCCCUAAUACAAAAGCUGUUUUAUGUUUUAAGUUUCAUCACACAGACAUAUUAUUUUGUUUUGCUGUGAUUUUUUUUUUUUAAACAUAACUUGAGUAAUUCCUGUAUUCAUUUAAAAUAACCACAGGAAACCAGACAUUCAACACAUUAUUUCCCCUUUCAAAUGUCUUGGGGGGG